CGAAAGUCUUUCCAUAGGGGCCAUCUCCAGUACGGCUGCCCACAAUAACUCGUAAGGGCUAUACCUUGAGACUACCCUAGUGGCUCUCACGUCCGAAACAUAUCGCACUACAUUUAACAACCAAACUGCUCACGUGUUUAUUAGCCCUGCCAGGUUGGACAUCCUCUAGGUCGUUUACUUUCUUCAAACUGCUGCUGUGUCAAUAACUGUUCCUGCUUGAUAUACACCAGACGCUUUCAACAGCAAGCCCUGCUAAGGGGGGGCCGCCGGCCCCAGGCUAAGGUCGGCAUUCAGCUUAGCUGUUCAUAGAAAUCCAUGGCGGAAACAUUGCUGGAGCAGACACGCGCUCUGCACGAAGAUGUGGAGCGGUUUGAGCGCGUUAUUGUGAAGGAUCUAAAGCAGGAUGCAAAGUCACAUAAGGACAAACUUAUGCAGUCACACCGGGUCCGGAAGCGGCUGGACCAGAUCCAAGAGGCAGCCCGCAAGCUGCAAAAAAUUUACGAAGACGAGGACAAGGCCAGGAAGGAGGAGAUCGAGGCGUUGGGUGGGGAGGACAAGGUCUUCAGCAAAUUCUAUGACCGGCUGAAGGAAAUCCGGGAGUACCACCGGAAGUUCCCAACCCACGACCUCACAGAGGCCGAGGACGACACGCCGCUGCUGAAGGAGGAGCCGCACGUGGACUUCACCGGGGAGGAGGGCCUGGGGCGCUACCUGGACCUGCAUGACCUCUACCAGCGUUUCCUCAACCUCCGAAACCAGCAGCAUCGGGGCAAAGGGGGGAAAGCCGCCGGCGCCGGCAAGGCGGGCACCGCCACGGGGGACGACGACGGCGCUGUGGUGCGUGUGGGCGCGGAUGGAAGCGAGGAGGCGGAGCCGGGGGCAGCAGCGUCAGGGCAGGGUGUGGAGAAGCCGGUGGAGUACUACGAGUACCUGACCAGCUUCUCGGACUUUAGCAGCGUGCCGCGGCACCAGAAGAUGAGCAAGCAGUUCAGCGAGUACCUGGAGGCGCUGCUGGGCUACCUGUGCCACUUCUACGAGCGCACCCAGCCGCUGGCGCAGCUGCAGCGCACCCUGGACAAGGUGGAGGAGGAGUUCUCCCCCCGCUGGGAGGCGGGGCAGGUGGCGGGCUGGGAGGACCGCGGUGUGGGCAGCUCCGCGCCCUCCGCCAGCGGGCUGGAGCUGGAGGCGUUCAGCAGCGCGGAGGAGCUGGAGAUCCUGGGCGCCGAGCGGCUGAAGGAGGCGCUGUCCUCGCUGGGGCUCAAGUGCGGGGGCACCACCAAGGAGCGGGCGGCGCGGCUGUGGCUCACUCGCGACACGCCGCUCUCGCAGCUCGACCGAAAGCACUUUGCCAAGGGCGUGGCGCCGCCGGUGGCGGCUGGGGACGCGGCGGCGGGCGGCAAGCAGGCGGCGCAUGCGCGCAACUUGGCGCUGCUGGAGGUGAAGGUUCGCAAGAUGGCGGAGCUGCUGGUGAACGUGAUCGCCGACACCAAGGGCAAGGUGGAGAAGAAGCAGUCGCAGACGUACGAGGAGAUGCAGGCCGAGCUUGCGGAGGCGGAGGCGGAGGUGGCGGCGCCGGAGGACGAGGAGGAGGACGAAUUUGUGUACAACCCGCUCAAGCUGCCGCUGGGCUGGGACGGCAAGCCCAUCCCGUACUGGCUGUACAAGCUGCACGGCCUCAACCAGGAGUUCAAGUGCGAGAUCUGCGGCAACUACAGCUACUGGGGCAGGCGCGCGUACGAGAAGCACUUCAAGGAGUACCGGCACCAGAACGGCAUGCGCGCGCUGGGCAUCCCCAACAACAAGAUGUUCUACGAGGUCACCAAGAUGGAGGACGCGGUGCAGCUGUGGAAGAGCAUCCAGGAGAAGGCGAAAGGCGACUUCAAGCCGGACGAUGAGGAGUUCGAGGACGCGCAGGGCAACGUGUACAGCAAGAAGACGUACGACGACCUGAAGCGGCAGGGCCUCAUUUGAGGCGUGCGGGGGAGGUGGUUGCGGUUGUGACGCGCCUUGAUGACAGUGCUGCGGAGGGUGCCUUGGCACGCAGCUGUCCGACUAUUGUGGAAAGCGUGGGCUUAAUUACGGGGGUUGACGAGCCCUUGCGUAGGUCGGGAAAAGAGGUGUUUUGCUGCCUGCAGUUGCGGGAUUUUGCAGUUAAUGGCGGAGACAUGAGCAGUGGGACGGUGCUGUUGUCAGCACUUUACCCGCAGCAGGCUCUGACCCUCACGUGUCGUGCCCCGGCUGUUUUUGUUGCUGUUUACUCCGGACCUUUACACCAUGCAUGUCAUGAAUAUACUG